AUGCAAGUCUCCAUAGCCUGCACAGAGCACAAUUUGAAGAGUCGGAAUGGUGAGGACCGACUUCUGAGCAAGCAGAGCUCCACCGCCCCCAAUGUGGUGAACGCAGCCCGGGCCAAAUUCCGCACGGUCGCUAUCAUCGCGCGCAGCCUGGGGACGUUCACCCCUCAGCAUCACAUUUCUCUCAAAGAGUCCACCGCAAAGCAGACUGGCAUGAAAUAUAGGAAUCUUGGAAAAUCAGGACUCAGAGUUUCUUGCUUGGGUCUUGGAACAUGGGUGACAUUUGGAGGUCAAAUUUCAGAUGAGGUUGCUGAACGGCUGAUGACAAUCGCCUACGAAAGUGGCGUUAAUCUCUUUGAUACUGCUGAGGUCUACGCCGCUGGAAAGGCUGAAGUGAUUCUGGGCAGCAUCAUCAAGAAGAAGGGCUGGAGGAGGUCCAGCCUGGUCAUAACAACCAAACUCUACUGGGGUGGAAAAGCUGAAACAGAGAGAGGGCUGUCAAGAAAGCAUAUUAUUGAAGGAUUGAAGGGCUCCCUCCAGAGGCUGCAGCUGGAGUAUGUGGAUGUGGUCUUUGCAAAUCGACCUGACAGCAACACCCCUAUGGAAGAAAUUGUUCGAGCCAUGACACAUGUGAUAAACCAAGGCAUGGCAAUGUACUGGGGCACGUCAAGGUGGAGCGCUAUGGAGAUCAUGGAAGCCUAUUCUGUAGCAAGACAGUUCAAUAUGAUCCCACCAGUCUGUGAACAAGCUGAGUACCAUCUUUUCCAGAGAGAGAAGGUGGAGGUCCAGCUGCCAGAGCUCUACCAUAAAAUAGGGGUUGGCGCAAUGACAUGGUCUCCACUUGCCUGUGGAAUCAUCUCAGGAAAAUAUGGAAACGGGGUGCCUGAAAGUUCCAGGGCUUCACUGAAGUGCUACCAGUGGUUGAAGGAAAGAAUUGUAAGCGAAGAAGGGAGAAAACAGCAAAACAAGCUAAAAGACCUUUCCCCAAUUGCUGAGCGUCUGGGAUGCACACUACCUCAGCUAGCCGUUGCGUGGUGCCUGAGAAACGAAGGUGUGAGUUCCGUGCUCCUGGGAUCAUCCACUCCUGAACAGCUCAUUGAAAACCUUGGUGCCAUUCAGGUUCUCCCAAAGAUGACAUCACAUGUGGUAAAUGAGAUUGAUAACAUAUUACGCAACAAGCCCUACAGCAAAAAGGACUACAGAUCAUAAGGCAAUGCAUGAGCCACAGAAGCUGCAUGGUUAAAAUAGCGGCCUGCACCCAGUACAGAACAGUGUUACUAACCAGUCUUUUGAAUCACUUAGCAGCCUGCUGCUCAACCUCUAGUGUCCCUGGAUUCUCUGAGGUAUCUACUGUUGCUACCACUGUGCACAUCUGAAAACUCACAACCAAGAAAAUCCGUUCUAUUUUCUUACCUUGGACUAGAAUCACCUAUUCUUGCAUUGCUCUGUACACCUCAUGCUUAUGCAAUGGAGAGAAUAUGAGGGGGAAAGAUGUAUUACUUUCAGGAAUUUGGUAACUUAAAGAAGGCUGUACAGAUAUAUUUUUUCAAAAGAACAAAAUCCACAGAUGAAUUUGAAUGCAUAAGAAACAGAGUAAGAUAUCACUGAGAAGUCUUGCUUGGGAGAAUAAGCAGAAACAAUUUUACAUUUUUUUCCUAUCUUCACAUUCACAUUAGCAA